CGCGUUGCCUCUUGGGAAGAUGGCAGCGCCCAGCGAGUGAGGCGGGUGAUGGCUGUCAGUUGUUCCUGAACCCAUAUUAGAGAGGAUCUAAAUAAAAGCUUUCAUCACAGCAGCAAAGGCAAGACAAUCAUGAAAGUCUUCUGUGGGAGAGCCAAUCCAACCACAGGAGCCAUGGAAUGGCUAGAAGAAGAUGAAAACUAUGACUAUCAUCAGGAAAUUGCAAGGUCAUGUUAUGCAGACAUGCUGAAUGACAAGGACAGAAACGCAAAGUACUUCCAAGGCAUCCGUGCUGCUGUGGGCCGAGUGAAAGCCAGAGGGGAGAGAGCAGUCGUCCUGGACAUCGGAACAGGCACAGGACUCUUGUCCAUGAUGGCAGUGACAGCAGGGGCUGAUUUCUGCUACGGUGUUGAGGUUUUCAAGCCAAUGGCUGAAGCAGCUGUGAAGAUUGUGGCAAAAAAUGGGUUGAGGGACAAGAUAAAGAUAAUCAACAAGCAUUCCACUGAAGUCACAGUUGGGCCUGAUGGAGACAUGCAGUGCCGUGCAAACAUCCUGAUAACAGAGCUCUUUGAUACUGAACUGAUUGGUGAAGGGGCUUUGCCCUCUUACGAGCACGCUCAUAGAUACCUUGUACAGGAGGAGUGUGAGGCAGUGCCCCACAGAGCAACAGUGUACGCUCAGCUGGUGGAGUCUGAACGAAUGUGGUCCUGGAACAAGCUGUUUCCUGUUUGCAUUCCAACGGAGGAAGGUGAAAAGGCCAUUGUUUCCCCACCCGAAAUGGAAGGCUGCCCUGGUGCUCCUUCGGUUUGUGAUAUCCAGCUGAAUCAGGUGCCCUUGAAAGACUUCACUGCUCUCAGUGAUGUUGUUACAAUGUUCAGUGUAGAUUUCAGCAAACAAGUAAGCCGAGCCCCCACCUACGUCACGGUGCCGCUAGAGCCUAUCAGGUCUGGCCGAGCCCAAGUGGUCCUCUCCUGGUGGGACAUGGACCUGGACCCCAAAGGGUCCAUCAAGUGUACGAUGGCCCCGUACUGGGUGCAAGCGACUUCUGAGGAUCCCCCGUGGAGAGAUCAUUGGAUGCAGUGCGUCUAUUUCCUUCCAAAUGAGGAGCCUGUUCUCCGGGGUCAGAGCAUGAACCUGACUGCCUUUCGUGAUGAUUACUCAGUGUGGUAUAAGCUUCAAAAAGCCCGAAGUGAAGAGGCCAAAACCGAGGUCCACAUCGAGAGUCCUGUUUGUUGGUGCCAGGCCCAUCUGCUGUGGAACAGGCUGCGGUUUGGAGAGCUAAAUGACCAGAUCCGAACAGCCCAGUAUGUCCGAGCUCUGAAGGAAGUUCUGAAGCCAACCAGCAUUUGCCUGAGCAUCAGUGAUGGCAGCCUCCUUCCCAUUGUGGCUUGCUACCUUGGAGCAGAGCAGGUGUUCUCGCUGGAGAGUUCUGCAGUUUCCCAUUCGCUCAUGAAGAAAAUUUUUAAAGCCAACCAUCUAGAAGACCGAAUUAAAAUUAUAGAGAAACAUCCAGAAUCAAUACUGUCUUCGGAUCUGGGAGGCAAAAAGGUGUCUUUGUUAAUUGGAGAGCCUUUUUUCUCCACGAGCUUGCUGCCAUGGCACAAUUUAUAUUUCUGGUAUGCUCGAUCCGCAUUGGCAAACCGCCUCGCAAGCGAUGUGACCGUCUUCCCCCAGUCCGCUUCACUGCAUAUGAUGAUCGUGGAGUUCAAGGACUUGUGGAGAAUACGCAGCCCAUGCGGUACCUGUGAGGGGUUCGAUGUUCAAAUUAUGGAUGAGAUGAUCAAGAAUUCCUUAGACUUCAGGGAAUCGAGAGAAGCAGAGCCUCAUCCGCUGUGGGAAUACCCUUGCAAAUCAUUAUCUGAUCCACUAGAGGUCUUGACGUUUGACUUCAGAGAGAUGGUGCCAGAGCGCUCCAUUGGGAAGGAAGGCACUGUCAGUCUCUUGAGGACUGGUACGAGUCACGGAGCUGUUCUUUGGAUGGAAUAUAAUCUGACUUCCAGCCUUUCGGUCAGCACAGGACUUGUGAAGGUUUCGGAUGAAAAGGGCUACUGUCAGUGGACUCCCCACUGCAAGCAGGCCGUGUACUUCUUCAGCACCGUUUCUGCGCCGGAGACUCUUACCGACUGCCCCUCUGCGGUUACCUAUGCUGUCAGCUUCCAUCCCAAGACUGGAGACAUUGUCAUGGAUUUUAAACUCUUAGGUUAAUACAGCAUCCUUCCAUUGACCCCCCCCCUCCCUUCCUCACUAGCUCCGAAUAAAUUUAUCGAGGGGUGGGCAUAGGAAAAUGCUCUUCCGUGGGCUGCUGCCACCCCUUAAAAGGCAAGGACAACACCUAAAGCAGCCUCUGAGCAAUCAUAGUGCUAUAUGCGUAUAUCCUGCGUGGUGAUGAGAAAAUUGAAUCUCUUGUUCUGAAAACAUCAGUAAAGCACCUUAAUAUAGACACACCAGGCUUCCCAGACAGAGGGCUUCUAUUGGUUGGGUCCCAUGGAUCUGUUCUCCUCUGGUGGAACAAGCUUUCCCCUAUUGUAAGAGGCUCAAAGGAAACAGAAAAGAGCGGCUUGGUCGCUUGUUGGGGCCGGUUGUUUCUGCUGGAGGCGGGAGGCUCUGCCAGCAAAGUGGACCUGCAGGAUUCAGCCCACUGCCUGGUAUUUUUAGCCGCCACCUUGCUAGGCUAGCAAAGUUGUGUUUGUGUUUGUUGCAGACUCGCAUAUUUGCAGCUCUCGCUUGACUUGCUGUCAUAGAAAUGCACAGGACUCUAUUCUUUUGUUUUUGCAGCAACGGAUCAACAGAUGAAUUUGGAGGGCGGGCUAUUGGAUUAGUGUUUUCCAUGUUUGUUUUAUUUACAUACGUACAUAUGUACUUUCGUGUCUUUGUAGCAGAAGUUAUCCGAGUGGCUUGCUGUAAAACUUUAAAACAAGUGGAACAGAGGUACAGGGCGACAGUUAAUCAAGGCACAUAAAGUCCGGUCGAGAAAAUUAAUGAGCAAUUCAAUAAAAAAAUAAAAUC